AUGCCUCCCUCAGAGACGCCAGUAAUAAUCGGUGUCGGUGACAUCAAGAACCGCACCUCGACCCCAAAGGAACCCGCCGUCCUUAUCCAUGAAGCGAUACUCGCCGCUAUCAAAGAUGCUUCUGCAUCUGAUACUACAACACUGCAGUCGUCUAUAGACAGUAUCGCCGUAGUGAAAACUUGGACGUGGCCGUACCCUGACCUACCAGGCUUACUUGCCGCCAAAUUGGGCGUUGAACCAACACAUAAGUUCUACUCUGAGCAUGGCGGUGAUAAGCCAGGGAAGUUGCUCGAUGAAGCAGCGAAACGAGUAGCGCGAGGAGAAAGCUUGAUUGCUGUUGUUGCAGGUAAGCUACCACCACCAGGUUGGACGAAGCCAUCGCAGUCUGUUGAGUCUGUCUUUACGCCAACAGGCAUGGAUCUUGGCUCGAGUAAGUCAUUCGAUCUUCUGGAAAAGCUGAACGUUUAUACCUCCGCAGAUCUUGGUGCUUCGCAUGACUUUGGUACACCUAUCCAAGUAUAUCCACUCUACGAAAACGCAUUCCGAGCGCAUAGGGGCCAAAGCCUCAAAGCAAACAAUGAAGAGAGCGCAAAGCUGUACGCAGAAUUUUCGAGAGUCGCAAGUCAAAACGAAGUUGCUUGGUCUCAUGGGAAGUAUGACGACGAAGAGAAGAUUGGAACCGUGAGUAAGAAGAACAGAAUGAUAUGCUCUCCCUAUCCUUUACUCAUGAACGCAUUCAACACCGUCAAUCUCGCGGCCGCCUGCCUCGUCACCUCCACAACCUUCGCGCGAAAACUUGGUAUCCCAGAAUCCAAAUGGGUCUACCCACUUUCUGGAGCUGGAACCUCGGAUGCCGCGUACUUCUGGAACCGUCCAAACUUCUACACUUCGCCCAGUAUAUCAAAGUCUCUCGACGCAGCUUUGUCACUUGCUCAGAUAUCCGUGGCCGACAUUGAUCUCUUCGAUAUCUACUCCUGCUUUCCUAUUGUCCCGAAGUUGGCUGCGCACCAUCUUGGUCUCCCGGUAACUGGGGGCACUAAGAGCUUGACACUUUUAGGAGGGUUGACCAGUUUUGGCGGCGCCGGGAACAACUACAGUAUGCAUGCACUGACCGCGAUGACAAGAGCGAUUCGAGAGGGUAAGGGUAGAACAGGGCUAGUACUGUGUAAUGGCGGGAUGCUGAGCUAUCAGUAUGUGGUGGUAUUGUCAAAAGAUCCGAGAGCAGUGGUUGUGUAUCCGCAAGAGAACCCUCUGCCGCAGGAGAUUACGGAUGUGGAGGUUCCGGAUAUUGUCGAGCAACCUGAAGGUGAAGCAACCAUUGAGACAUACACAGUAGAGUUCAAUCGCGACGGCACGCCACUCAGGGGGUAUAUUGUUGGUAGAUUGAAAAGCAAUGGCAACCGCUUCCUUGCCAACCAUGGCGACGAAAGUACACUGCGACAAAUGGCGGAGGGUGCCGGCGAAAUUGUGGGUAAGAGUGGCUGGGUGGGACAAGACACCGAGCGGAAAGGAAGGUCAUUGUUUAGCUUCGAAAAGCUCUCUAGGAUAUGA